CUAUGAUAUUAUUCGAUUCUUUGCUCCUAAAGCAAACAGAUCAUCUAGAAUGAAAUUCUUCAUCUUGACUUUGGCCGUGGUUGGGUGUGUGGCCGCCGAAUCUGGCUACAACUACAAUGCUCCCCGCCAGGUAGCCGCCCCCGCUCCUGUUUUCCAGCAAGCUGCCUCUGCUCCGACUCCAGUGAGGACCUACGUACCCCCAGCUCCAGCUGCCUCUGCCCCAGUGCAGUCGUUUGCCCCUGCCCCAGCUCCAGUAGCUGCUCCUUCUCCCGUUUUCCAGCAGGCCGCCUCUGCACCAGCACCAGCCCGCACUUACGUGCCUCCCGCUCCCCAGGUCCACCACCAUGCCGCUGCCUCAGCUCCAGCUCCCGUUCAGUCCUUUGCUCCUGCUCCAGCUCCCGCUACUUUCGCUGCUCCCGCUCCGGCUCCAGUUUUCCAUGCCGCUGAGUCUGCUCCCGCUCCAGUGAGGACCUAUGUGCCACCCGCACCACAGGUUUCCCGCGCUCCUGCUCCUCAGGUGUACCGUGCCCCAGCUCCGGCUCCCCAAGUUCAUCAUCACGCUGCCGCAUCCGCACCCGUGCAGAGCUUCUCGGCUCCAGCACCCGCCCCCGUGCAGUCCUUCGCCUCUGCUCCUGCUCCUGCUUUCGAGUCCUCCGGACCGGUGUUCGAGGCCGCCGCUUCCGCGCCCUCUGCCGCCCGCUCCGGAUACGAUUAUAGCCAGCCCGCCGCCAGCCAGCAGGGAUACAAGUACAAGACCGUCCGUCGCCGUGUGUUCAAGCACCGCGCUUAAACGAUGAUGAUUAUACGAUACAAUGCGACAAUACAAAACGCGAAUGUUAAAU